CAUGCAAACACACACAGCAAAGCUAACUGGCUCAGCUGCGACUCGAACCAGCGACCUUCUGGCUGUGAGGCAUCAUAAAAAUGUUUAAAAGCUUUUGAGGAACCUACAGUAAAGUAUCAAAACUGGAAAUAAAGAGUACAGAGACCCAACAUGAUAAACCCAUCUGAGAUACAGUGUUGACAUCAGAAGCAGAAUCUCAGAGAGGUUACGCAGUGGUGAAAAUGCCUGAGCAAGAGUUGAAUAUACAGCAUUUACAUAUACAUGUUAAUGCAAAAACUGACAGACUUCUGAUGCAAAUCAAUGAUAAUAAUUUGAAAUUGAUUAGGGUCUUUGUGAAAACACACUAUGGUACUGCUGGUUGGAGGAAAUAGUCAGGACUGGUUGGUACGUUUAUCAAGGUUAGGGUGCACCUGGUUAAUGUGUACAAACUUAUCAACUUCCUCACCUCUGUCCCAUUCCUGUCUUAAACACCCCUGUCUGCUCUGCUCCUGCUUCAUUAUAAAAACCUGCAAAGCCACAGGGAAAACAGAUGCAGAGACAAACAGAACUGAUCGGUAAGAGGAAUGGAGCUCUCAAGCUCACUGCUGCUGGUUUUGGUCUUGACUGUGUUGAUGUUGAUCAGAUGGAGGAGGAAGGAGAACGGACUUUCUUUGCCCCCGGGGCCACUGGCACUGCCACUGAUCGGAAACUUACUAACAGUGGAAACAAGUGCACCAUUUAAGAGCUUUAUGAAGUGGAGCAAAUCCUAUGGGCCGGUGAUGACGGUGCACAUCGGGACUCAGAGAAUGGUGGUUCUGGUGGGUUAUGAAACAGUAAAAGAGGCUCUGGUGGACCAGGCUGAAGACUUUGCAUCCAGAGCUCCCAUUCCUUUUACCAACAGAGUUCUAAGAGGCUAUGGUCUGAUCAUCAGCAAUGGUGAACGCUGGCGUCAACUGAGGCGGUUCACGCUCACCACACUGAGGGAUUUUGGAAUGGGACGCAAACGAAUGGAGCAGUGGAUUCAAGAAGAGAGCAGAUACUUGCUCAAGAGUUUUGAAGAAACCAAAUCCAAACCAGUUGAUCCAUUAUUCUUCAUGAGCCGGGCUGUGUCCAACGUCAUCUGCUCCCUGGUGUUUGGGCAGCGCUUUGAUUAUGAAGACAAAAACUUCUUGCAGUUGCUCCAGAUCAUCUCUAACCUCAUGCGAUUUGCAAGCAGCCCUUGGGGACAGCUCUACAACAUCUUCCCUAAAGUCAUGGAGAUCUUACCAGGUAGACAUCAUACCAUGUUUGGAGAGAUUGAUGAUCUCAAAUCCUCCAUAAUGACAAUUAUCAAGGAGCAUGAGGAGAAUUUGGAUCCCAGUGACCCAAAGGACUUUAUUGACUGCUUUCUUAUCAGGCUCAAUCAGGAGAAACAUAAUCCUGAUACAGAAUUCCACAAGGAAAACAUGUUUGCCACCUCUUUAAAUCUGUUUACAGCUGGUACAGAGACCACCAGCACAACUUUAAGAUACGCUCUAAUGCUCCUGAUCAAGCACCCUCACAUUCAGGAGCAAAUGCAGAAGGAAAUAGAUUGCGUUAUUGGACAGAACAGAAUUCCAACAAUGGAGGACAGAAAGUCUCUUCCCUUCACUGAUGCUGUGAUUCAUGAAGUGCAGCGCUGUCUGGACAUUGCACCACUGAACGUUCCCCAUUAUGCCCUGAAAGACAUCACUUUCAGAGGCUAUAAAAUCCCCAAGGACACAGUAAUUAUUCCCAUGCUGCACUCUGUCCUAAGGGAUGAGGGACAUUGGGAAACCCCUUGGACAUUUAACCCAGAGCACUUUCUGGACUCCAAUGGCAACUUUAAGAAGAAUCCAGCCUUUAUGCCCUUUUCUGCAGGUAAACGUGUGUGUGUCGGUGAGUCUCUGGCUCGUAUGGAGAUCUUUCUGUUUAUCGUGUCUCUGCUUCAGAAGUUCAGCUUCAGUAGUCCUAAUGGUCCAGACAGUAUAGACCCCAGUCCUGAACUCAGCAGCUUUGGCAACAUGCCUCGACUCUAUGAACUCAUAGCAUCCCCUCGCUGAGCAAUGUGGAGAUUGUAACAUAUUACAUGAAUGCAGUCAUACAAUACACAGAGAGAGUGACCACAUGUUGCUGAAAUGCACUUUAGAAUGUAAGAGGUGGUUUUCAAAUUUCUUAAAGUCUGAUCUAGUGAAAACACUGAAUCACAUCCUACUCAAUCACAAAGCUUAUUUUUAGAUUCAAUACUUUUAGAAAGGAGCUGUAGCAAAAUGUUUGCGCCUGCAACUUCAGUGGAACUGGAUAUGAAAUGUGCGGUGUAAAUCUAUUCCUGUUGAAGUGUAUGAAUAAUGCCUGAUUAAUUAGAUAAUAACUAUGACAGAACUAAUAUCUCUAACUGCCAUCAUUAACUCAGUAUACAUGCACUGAUUGAUGCUAAAAGAUUACUUUUAUCAAAAAUAAACAAUUUUCUCGGAUUGGUCA